AACCCGGAAACGAAAUCACCACAGCUGCGACAGGUAGUGAAAUGAAAACAACCAGAAGUGACCCUUGAGAUGCUAUCAAGACAAUAUUUUCACGAAUAAAUCAGCCUUAAUUAAACUCAUUAUCCGGAAAAUGCUGGUUUCUGGCUACGACGUUAAGUGGACGAUGCACUACCACGGCUACCUCUGUGUUUUUCUGCUGGGUUUGAAUUCUUUUGGAUGUCUCCAAUGUGUGUCUACAUGCAAACAAGAGCCAAAGACUCCAGACUGGAGGAUGACUCUGAAAACUAUCCGUAAUGGAAUACAUAAGAUUGACACGUACCUGAACGUAGCACUGGACUUGUUUGGUGGCGAUGACGGGCUGUGUCAUUAUAAGUGUAGCGAUGGUUACAAGCCUGCCCAUCGUCCUGGAUACAAGCACCCACCACCCAACGGAUGUGGCUCCCCGCUGUUUGGAUUUCAGUUUGACAUAGGCAUCCCGUCCAUGACCAAAUGUUGUAACCAGCAUGACCGCUGCUAUGACACCUGCGGCCGUGAGAAGCACGAGUGCGAUGAUCAGUUCCAGGACUGUCUCGAGACCAUCUGCAGGAAUGUGCAAAGGACUCUGGGAUUGGCUCAGAGUGUCCAAGCUUGUGAAUCAGCAGUGACUCUGCUGUUUGACGCUGUUAUGCACUUGGGAUGCAAGCCAUACCUGGACAGCCAGAGGGAGUCUUGUGUGUGUCAGUAUGAAGUGAAGAGGGAACUGUGACACCGCCACAGGAGCAAGACCGUGGACCGAUUGAGAGGCCCAACACUGACAGAAGUAUGCCAGCAAUAAACUUUUCUCUCCGACUUGUAGAUUUUCUCAAGAACAGAGCUGCACUGACUUGUGUCCAUCGCCUUCCUUUUAUUGGAGUUUUGAAAUGUAGACAUAUAUUAGACAAAGUGAAUGUGAAAAUACCUAGUGGACAGCUAAUCUUUCCGAUGCAGUUAAUUAUUUAUAUUUUGUUAAUAGUGAGUGAUGUCUGUCCUGUGAUGGACUGGAAACAGGGUGCUCAGGGUUUCCCCGGCUGUUGGAUGCUUGGGUAGCACUUUAUUUUACGUGUUACGGGUUUGUCAAUUCCUAAUAAUUCCCAUUUGUAAGUUUUGUGGUAAUGAUUAUAGGUAAAACAAAGGCAACGUAAAUGGAGCUGUUCUCUCUGGAACCCAGCCACAACUUUUAAACUCAGCACAACAAACUAAACUGACUAAGUCAACAGUGUCAGCUCUUAGUUUUUAUUUUUAUUUUUUCCUGUAAUUACAACCAUAUUUAUAUAGUUCUUUACAGGAAACCUUCAAUAAAUUAUUAGGAAAACCUAACACUACCAUAACCCUAUUAGGAAUAUGUGAUGAUUAAGUAAGACUUUUCACUUUCUACAACAUCUUAAACAGUUGUUUUUUUUUAAUUUGUAAAAUAAUUGUAAACUACCACAUGACAGGGAAUGCACUGUUGCGCCCCACUGAUGCCAAUGUGAUAACAUGGUGGAGAAAACCUGUGUUAAAUUGUCAUAACAAUAAAAAAAAACAUGCUUUCAUUGAUCA